AUGCAUGCAAUUAUUGAUAGACAGAAGAAUCAUGGCAUACACUUCUGUGUAUUAGCUAAAGCGUUACAUAUGUUUGGUGAUCACAUUCACUCUGGUACCAUAGUAGGUAAACUUGAAGGGGAAAGAGACAUCACUUUGAGCUUUGCUGAUUUACUACGUGAUGAUUUUAUUGAAAAAGAUCGAAGUUGCAGUAUUUAUUUAACUCAAGAUUGGGUAUCUCUAUCAGGUGUUCUGCCCGUGGCUUCAGGGGGUAUUCGCAUUUGGCAUAUGCCUGCUCUAACCGAGAUCUUUGGGGAUGAUUUCGUACUACAGUUCAGUAGAGGAACUUUAGGGCACCCUUGGGGUAAUGCGCCAGGUACCGUAGCUAACCGAGUAGCUCUAGAAGCAUGUGUAAAAGCUCGUAAUGAAGAACAUGAUCUUGCUUCUGAGGGUAAUGUAAUUAUUCGUGCGGCUAGCAAAUGGAGUCCUGAACUAGCUGCUGCUUGUGAGGUAUGGAAAGAGAUCAAAUUUGAGUUUGCAGUAAUGUAUACUCUAUAA